AUGCCAGAACCCCCUCCUCGAGUUGCAACCAAACAAGUGGAGGCGUCCCGGCUGGCUUUACCUGCAGGGACGAGCAUCUUCUUCCGAGCUCCAGACUGUGCGCGGUGGCCGCGCGAGCUGCUCUACGGUACGCUGGUCAGUCGAGAGCCCGCCACGACUUCAAACGGAGACACGUUUUACCACCGCGUGCUGUGGUUACGAGGCGUUGAAGCUCUGCCCAACGGCUUCUUCCGUGCCACACUCGCGCUGCCCGGCUGGAACAUCAGCAACGAAAGCGAAGUGGACGUCGGAGAGACCUUCUGGCCGCACGAGAUCGGCGUGUACCCCACGCAGCUCGGCGCGUUCCGUGCUGUUGUCACGGCUGAGCAAAUAGCGCGCGCCAAGUUUCGACGAGAACUCGAAGGCGGCCGCAUCCACCGCUGGCGCAGAUUCGAGCUAGAUGAUGAUGACUGUGAAGGCCAGCACGGUGAAGACGAAGAAGAAGCGUUCCCAUCGUCCGAUAUACUGCACGAGGUUGUUGCGGAGACCGCUGCAACACUCGCCACUGAGUUCGGUGUGCGACUCACGCGCCAGGAAGACGCGGCAUUCCACCACCAACUCUCUCAAGGCACGUGGAGCUAUCGCAAGUGGAUGGAGAGCAUCGGACGCAGUGAUGACUUGCAAGAAGAAGACGCCGUGCCAUUCGAACGCGGCUCUCCAGUACCCACUCCGUGGGCUCCUGCCACUCGCAUCCGCUUCUUCAUGGUCGCGCAGCACGAUAUAGUAUUCCCAGAGCGCGUGUGUCGACAGCAUCUUCGGGCGAUUCUGGAGCAGCUUCUGUUCGUGUACGCGGGCUUUGCCUGGAAACUCUGGCGUGAGUACGUCGAGCGCCAUCGGGAGCGAGAGGAGCAGCAGAACCGCGAGAUAGCUGCUGGAGUUCUUCAAGCGUGGGCGAGACGCAUUGCCGACCGGAAGCGACAACAGGAGCGCCAGCGUCUGCUGAGUAUGGCGAUUGGGUCUUCAGUCGAUGCGCUGGAGCUCUAUCGACGCCGACAGAUCGAGGCGCGCAAGCUCUACGACUUCCUCACGCGACAGAUCGAGCAGCGGAAGCGCAACGCAUUGCGCGCGUGGCGUGUGGCUGUGGGUCCGAGCUCUCCGCCGCCUCCGCCAGCGAUCACAUGGCACCCAAGUCACGGAAUGAAGGCGAUGCUGCCCAAACUGCCGCGGAUGGGGGCGCGCCGUCGCAAUGCGCAGGACAAAUCGGUCGCGCCGGGGACGCAAGUCAUCAUUGAAGACAUGGCGACGUACAAGCUCUUCCGCGCGAACCACGCGGGCCCAGCAGAUACUUCGUACUGGGUCAUCCGAGGACGCGUGCUAGCUGGGGCCUGCCCCAUCGGCCCAGCCUUCCGCGAGGCACGGCGACUCGUGUCACGCACCGACUUCGCGACGAGUGUUCUGCUUCAGCAGAUCAGCGUGUUUGUCUGUCUUAUGGAGCCACAAGAGCUCAAGAGCACGGAGACAGCAGCAGGUGCAAGCUCCGACGCUGAGUGGAGCUACGAGCGUCAAGUGCGCAGCAAGUACCAAGCCCUUUGCAUGGAGUUGAAGGGCGCCGAGACGAUCAGCAAGCGGCACGUGGAGCUCGCGCAGCAGGCACUGGCUGACUUCGACGUCGAAGCUGCUAACGCGGCCGCGCAUGCUAUUGGAGGCUCUGGAACCAAGAACACCAAGAACCGUAGAGUGUCGAUGACAAUGCAGCAGCAGCUGGACGAGGACGCCGCUGAAGAAGCCAAGAUAAAGGAGGCGCGUGAAGCGCCUGAACAACGACUGCAACUGGCGGAGCAGCAAGCGGUUAAGGCGUCGCACGAGGUCGCGCGACUGGGCAUGAUGCAGAUCGAGUUUCUGUACUUCCCGAUCGAGCACGACGGGGUCCCAGACAGCGACGAGUUGAUUGGAUUCCUCGAGCAGCAGGUCGAGUCGAGGCUGCGCGCAGGCAAGAACAUCUACGUCUUCAGUCGUCUGGGUCAUGGACGCACGGGAAUUGUGUCGGCGCUGCUGCUUGGCCGCGUGUACGGCAUCACCGCCUCGGAAGCUUUGGAGCGGGCUCAGCGAACACACGACUGUCAGCGUCCAGGAGCUCCGCGCGGCUUGAGCUUCUGCUCACCUACCACAGCGCCGCAGUUGACCUUCGUACGGCGCACUCUGGCUCGCUGGAUGGAUCCGAUCUACGCUCCCAUUGUGCUGGAAAACUCCGAGGGGUUCCGCUCUACGCGCGUGCAGCAGCGAGGGCUGUUGGCUGAGCUCUACCUAAGAGACGAAGGUUUUAUGAUCAGCGCUGCUGGAGAUGCCCAAGCUCGGGAGCGUGAAGCUCUGGAACAAAAGAGGCUGGAGCGCAUCGCAAAGCGUGAGAGUGCAGCUGCAGCACUGCAGCGUGAUCGACGCAAACAGCGCCGUGAACAUGAGAGUAUGGAAGGUGAAGAGAGCGUUCAAGCAGCUCACGAGGUGAUAGAAAGUAUGGUGGGCAAGAUGACGGAGAAGCCGUGA